CCGAAUUGCAGCGCUCGGGAUUUGCUGGCGCUAACGAUGACCAAGCUAGCAUGGCUACCGAUGCAGCCGGGAUGAAGCUGCGUUACUCAGCGUAGGAGGUAUUCAAGGGUUUGCAGACCGGCAAAUGUCAAAGGUAUAAAUACACACUUGCACUCUUCGUAACAACGCAACCAAGAGUCCCUCAACACCAAGUUCUCUCCUUCACCUAAUCUUUUCGUACUCUUAUACAAUGGCUCCUGUCGGAACUCUCUACGGUGUUGGCCACCAACGCCAGACCUCCACCAUCAAGGCGGUUGCCGCCGUAGCUGGGCUCGAGCUCAGCCUUCCCGAGGUGAAAAUGGGCGAGACCAACAAGUCGCCCGAGUUCCUUGCCAAGUUCCCUCAGGGCAAGAUUCCAGCGUUCGAAGACGCCGAGGGCUUCAAGCUGACUGAGGGCCUUGCCAUCGCAAACUACAUCGCUUCUCUGGCUCCAGAGAGCGGCCUUCUGGGAAAAACGAAGAAAGAGACGGCUGAGAUUGAGCAGUGGACUCACUUCGCCGAAUCCGAGCUCCAGCUCUCCUCCGACUUCAGCUUCUACCUUACCGCUGGUUAUCUUCCCGGAUACAGCAAGGACGUGAGUGACAGGGUCUUUCCUCGUCAGUACAAGUCGCUCGAAUCUGUCGAAGAGCACGUCGCCAGCCGCGAAUACCUCGUCGGUGGCAGAUUGACGAUCGCCGACAUCGUUCUGGCCGCGAGCUUGAAGAGUGCCUUCAAGAUUACUCUCGGAUCAGCGGAGAGAGCCAAGUACCCCAAGACGAUUGCGUUCUUUGACAAGGUCCGCUCGCAUCCGAAGAUCACGGAGGCAUUCGGUGAGAUUGAGUUCUCGGAGGAGCCUCUCCAGUUCAAGGGUUCUGCAUAGGAUUGUUCGUAAACAGGCGGGGAUGAAAGUACACUGCAUGUAUAACGUGGAAUCCAUAGGGGACUGGUAGUAAAAGACUCGAUUUAUGCCUAAUAAGAUACACCUGAC